AUGGAAAUUGUUAGACAAUUAACAGGUUUAUCUGUUUCACAUUUAAGACAAUUUCGUGAUGAUGAUUCAUACAUUGAUCGUUUAAGUCAUCGUUAUACUACGACACUAUGCGUUGUAUUCGCUAUAUUAGUUACGACAAAGCAGUAUGCAGGUGAUCCAAUUGAUUGCUGGGUUCCAGCACAGUUUAAACAAUCGUACGAAUCAUACACUGAUAGUUAUUGUUGGAUAGCUAACACAUAUUAUAUCCCAAUAGAUCAAGAUUUACCAGAUGAUGAGCCUGGUCGACGAAAUAAAGAUAUUGUAGGUAUUCAAAGAUAUUCAGUUAUUUUGUAUCUAUUUCAUACAAGUCCUAUUCUCAAAUUAGUUGAAGGGAAAAAGUCAUUAAUUCAGAGGUGGACAAGAUUAGAUUUAGUUAAUUUAGUUGAUGCAGCUAUUAAAUAUGAACAAGUUGAACAAUUUGAAUCACGUGAACGCAUCAUGAGUUAUUUAAUAGUAAAUAUUGAACGUUAUAUAGCCGCGCGUGCUCAAUUAACACGUCGUCGUUUUGAACGUCCACUUUAUUGUUUACGAAAAUUUUUACGUCUUUUCUUAUUUUGUUCAAAUCGUCAUUAUGGAAACUAUUUAGUUGUCGUCUAUUUUAUUGUUAAAUUAAUGUGGUUGGUUAAUACAUUAGCACAAUUAUUUUUACUCAAUGCUUUUUUAGGAAAUGAUUAUUAUUUAUUCGGUUUUGAAGUUAUUGAAAAAUUAUUUAAAAAUCAACGAUGGACCGAAAAUCGACAUUUCCCAAAAGUGACUUACUGCGAUUUUAAAAUACGUGAAAUUGGUAUCAAUCAUUUUUAUACUGUACAGUGUGUAUUAAGAAUUAAUUUAUUUAACGAAGUCAUAUUUAUUAUCCAAUGGUUUUGGUUAAUAUCCAUAAGUGCAGCAACAAUUUAUGAUUUUCUAUUAUGGUUGUACUAUUGUACGGUGCCAAAGGAAAAGAUUCAUUUUAUUAAACGUCAUCUUGGAAUUAUGUCUGCAUAUAAUCCACAAGAUGAAAAACAACAAGCCAGAGAAUUUGUAUUGCAUUACUUAAAAGAUGAUGGUGUCUUUGUUUGUCGUCUAUUGGCUAUUAACGCUAGUGAUCUUGUUGUUACAGAAAUUAUUAAUGAACUAUGGAAACGAUAUAAAACACGUUCGUUCACUUUUAGAGAUAAUAAAGAUAUGUUUCUAAACGGUGGUGAUAAUAAAACUUAUACGACUACACAACAAAAGGUUAUUACAGCCAAAUCUAAAAUAUCGUUACCUCCUCCUCUACCCCCAUUUCCAUCCUUUCGAACAACAACAACAAGCGGAACAAAAACGACAACGGGUGAAAAAACAGAUGCGACAGCUAAAGAUACAGAUGUAUGA